GUUCAAUUGGAAUGUAUUUCGCAGUAUUGGGUGAUGCUCCACCCACACCACAGCCAUGAUACACCUCUGACCUACGCCAACUCCACUCAGUCACAGUCAGGGACUCGAAUGGAGGCAUUUAUACCAGGGUGGACACAUUGACAACGCCAUCCACCUGACCUCGAGACCCCCUCCCUCCUCCUCUCCUCCACCCCCGCCAGGCAGCAGCGAUGAACUGGUCCGCCCUGGAGUCCCUCCUCAGCGGGGUCAACGAGUACUCCACGUCGUUCGGCCGCGUCUGGCUCUCCGUGGUCUUCGUGUUCCGGGUGUUGGUGUUUGUGGUGGCGGCGCAGCGAGUGUGGGGCGACGACAGCAAGGACUUUGUGUGCAACACGGCUCAGCCCGGGUGCAACAACGUCUGCUACGACGCCAUCUUCCCCAUCUCCCACAUCCGCCUGUGGGCCCUGCAGCUCAUCUUUGUCACCUGCCCCUCCCUGCUGGUGACGGCCCACGUCAAGUACCGCGAGAAGAAGAACAAGACCUACACCCAAACGCACAAGGGGAAUCACUACGCCAACCCUGGGAAGAAACGUGGAGGUCUGUGGUGGACCUACUUGUUAAGCCUGAUAUUCAAGAUCCUGUUCGAUGCCGGCUUCCUCGUCAUCCUCCAUCACAUCUACAACGGCUUCGACAUGCCCCGACUCUCCAAGUGCUCCCUGGAUCCCUGCCCCAACACGGUGGACUGCUUCAUUUCCCGGCCGACGGAGAAGAAAAUCUUCACCCUCUUCAUGGUGGUCUCAUCCGUGGUCUGCAUCUUCAUGUGCAUCUGCGAGAUGACCUACCUCAUCUGCAAGCGCAUCCUCAAAUGCCGGGCGAGGAGGAACGAAAGAGCGAGGAGGGAGUUCGCCGCCAACCAGGAGAUGGCGCCGCUGUCGGCGCCCCGGUCGGACUACCGGUCCAAAACGUCCGUCAAGAUAGACCCCACCGUCUCCAUCAACAACCUCAACCACGUGGCGUCCGAGAAAGCGGAGGAAGACAGAAUAAACGAUUCGCAGAGCGAAAAUGGCAAAGUGAAGCACACUUAAGGAGGUUUAAAACUCCGACGCCAGCCGAGGAACAUGUUCAUCGAUUGAAGGACGACCAGGGCUGGUUCUAGGAUUUUUGUAGCCAUGGACAAGAGUUUGCAUUCUUUUAUUCGUAAGAUGAGAUCAUUAUUACUAGUGUAUCUACUAGGGUUGUGCGGUAUACCAGUACUAAUAAAGUACCGCGGUACUCAUCAAUUGAAAAUAGCGGUACUUUGUGACAUUGCUGGUAAAACGAGCAGAGGCGCAUGUUCGGCAACGCACGCAGAAACGGUGUGGAGAUAGAAACGGGAGAACGGACGCAUUCUGGCUUAAAAACUAAGGACAAAGUUGAAGCUAUAAACACUGAAGUGCCGCCCUGCAAAAAGGUGCUUAGCUCUUGCUCUUGUUAGCCUGAUUGAUUGAUUGAUUGAUUGAUUGAUUGAUUGAUUGAUUGAAACUUUUAUUAGUAGAUUCCACAGUACAGUACAUAUUCCGUACAAUCGACACCCGAAUAAGUUUUUCAACUUGUUUAAGUCGGAGUCCACGUUAAUCAAUUCAUGGUCAAUUCAUAGCCGUUAGCUAUAGCGGCAAACAACCAGUGUUUUAGCUACUUGUAAAUCACUAAUCCUCGCCACCAUGGCGACAAAUAAAGUACAAAUCUUGCAAGUAUCGACGAAUAGCUAAACAUGCUUCACUACAGGAUACAAUAGCUCAACGCUAAUAGCAAGCGAGCGCUCCUGAAUGUAAACAAAUGCCAUGAGUGGAUCUACACCUAACAUCCAUUGUAAUGAUACCAAGUACAAGAGCGUAUCUAGUCGAUACUACUAUGUUUUUUUGGUUUUUUCACCAUAACAACAUCUUUAGUCUUUUUUAUUCUUUAUAAAGUCAGGAAAUACGUCCCUGGACACAGGAGAACUUUGAAUACGACCAAUGUAUGAUCCUGUACCUACUUAUCGGAUUUAUAUCAAAAUGUGUAAUAUCAGCCAAAACUAAUGUAAAGUAUCAAAGAAGAGAAGAAUAAGUGAUUAUUACAUUUUAACAGAAGUGUAGAUAUAACAUGUUCAAACAGGAAAAAAGCAGAUAUUAACAGUAAAUGAACAAGUAAAUUAAUAAUAUUUUUUACAGCUUGUCCUUUAUAAUGUGUACAAAAUAAUAGGUGUAUAAAUGACACAAUAUGUUACUGCAUACUAAUUAGGAGUCUUUGUUUGUUUACUUACUACUAAAAGACAAGUUGUUUAGUAUCUUAUUUAAUCUUCUUAAGGCCCAAGCUGUUUGUUUACAUGUUUUUUUUUAUUUCUCUUUGCUAUUUGGGCUUAUUGGACCCUAAUUAGAAUAAAAACUAAAAAUCAUCUUUUUACAUGAUGUACUUAGUCCAUAAGUACACAAAUGUGUACUUCAUCUUUGGUGACAUGCUAAUUUUUAUUUUAACACUUUUUUUUCCUAAUUCCAUUGUAUGUUAUAUUCUUCUGACACCACCAGAUGGCAGUAUAAGUGUCCACAUAAGCGGCCAUAAGACCCCAAUUCAGUAGUGUACACACUUUUGUAAAUAAGAGCUAAAAGGUGCUGUCCACGCAUGUGGCCACUAAGCCUUUAGAGGUUUUAAUGACAAAAUGUUUCUUUGAUUGAUGUUUAAUGUAUCAUAAGUUUUAUAGUUGAAACAAACAAUGAAAUGUUUGUGUGUUCAUCUUUAUUUUGAAAAGUAUCAAAAAUACAUUUUGUUACCGGUACCACUACCAACAUAUUGGUAUAGGGAUUAAUUGAUUGAUUGGUUGAAACUUGUUUUAGUAGAUUGCACAGUACAGUACAUAUUCCGUACAAUUGACCACUAAAUGGUAACACCCCAAUAAGUUUUUCAACUUGUUUAAGUCGGUGUCCACGUUAAUUAAUUCAUGGUAAGCGCCUAGUAUCUACAAUAUUUAAAAACCAGGGGCACCUCUGUUUCGAACUAUCAUCAAGGGUCUUUGAAUGCACAACAGUUUUGUGCAAUGAGACACAAAAGUGAAACCUGAACAUAACUUAGUCUGAUUCUGCCACAAACUGAUGCAUCAUAUUUGUACCUUUCCCCUCAUCCCGGUUCCCAAAUGUCAGUGCCGUGUGUGAACGCAUGACUGUGAGCUUUGGUGACGUGUUGAGUGAACAGUGAAGUGUUCCAUGUUCGAUUUCCUAGAGGGAAUGAGUCAUUUUGUGUCUUUGUUUGGGGGGUGUAGGUAGUGUUACGCAUUCCUAAUUUGAUCCAAACAACGUAAUCAUUGAACUUUGACGGCGACAUUUAUUUUAUCAGAACUUUUUUUGACGUCUUUUUUUAAUAACGGACAGAUUUAAAUGAAAGGAAAAAGAAAUAACCAAACCUUUACGGAAGUCCAGGCCCCCCUAGUGGUUGUAAAGUGUUUAUGCCACGGGCCGGCCCUAGGGAUGACUUUUUUGUUAUCAGAUCCAAUGGUUUUUGGCAUUAAUUUGUGUGACUUUGUGUGAAUACUAUAUAUUUAGAUGUUUGCGGAUAUAUUUUAGUGUCUAUUUUAAUAAACAAUACAUGAGCCCCAAAUUAGAAAACAUUGGCAACAUGUUCUAUAGCAGCCCGAGUCCUGUUGACAUGGAAUAACCAGAACAGACUCUAGUUCUACUUCCCUCCUAUUAAAAACAGCUUAUGAGCACCCAGCACUUUCUACGCUUUAUUAUUAGCAAUUUGACAUAAACUAUAUUUAUUUGACUCAUAUUGGCAUGACAUAUCAUAUCACUUGUAAUUCAAUAAAGACAAUUAUCUGGAAUAAACAAUAUAUCGUAUAUAUCGUCGUAUACCUAUUUAUAUAUCUUGUGUUUUAUUUAUUUUUAUUGUUUGUAUUCCUGUGUUAUGCUCUUAUUUUGGUAAAUAAUGGUGUGGUUUUCUCUUUGCCUUCUAAGGAGGCUGCAGGUCAAUGCUGGUCCAUAAUUAGUUAGAUUCUUAAGCACAAGUUAGAAACGUGUACUUGGUUUUGCCCUUUUGUUUGUUCACAAUUGAAUUUAUAUUGGUGGUAAUUCAUUGUUUAUGUUUUAUUUUCACCUCACAGUGCUUUUUGUUCACCUCUCAUGACCUUACUCUGAGGCUGUGAGUCCACACUUGAGCUGAUUAAAAUGCUUUUUGCCUGCACUUUGCCACCAUCUCUGCAUCCUGGUGUACGCAAUGCUCAUUUGGUAAAGUCUGUACAAUAAAGCACUUUUUUUGUUAUGCAC